ACUAACACUGCCUACUCCUGCGUCGACACCCGCGGUGCACUACACGCACCCAGGUGCACUAACCCACCGGGGUAAUAAUACAGGUCGAUGUCUGCGUUUACAACACCUCUCCAAUAGCUGUGAGGGUAGGCAUACUGGUGGGGGAAGCUACGUCUAAAACCUUGGCCAUUUUAAGGCCGAUCACCUAGCAGUAAAAUAGGUACCUGGGUGCUAGUCAGCUGUCACGGGCUGCUUCCUGGGGGUGGAGGCCUGGUCGAGGACCGGGCCGCGGGGACACUAAAAAGCCCCGAAAUCAUCUCAAGAUAACCUCAAGAUAGAUCACAGUUACAGCCCCGCUCCUGUAGCAGACGGCUAAACUAUGGAGAUAGGAGAGUCGUGCUGAACCCGUCAGUUGAGAAGAGAAUGUACAGGAAGACAUAGGACGGACCGAAACGCCGUCGUCCCUUCACCUUCUAGUGUGUGGUCUGGUCAACAAGAUAUACAACCGUCCAAAUGACAGUGUACAGAUGCUAUCAUCCCACACCACGUGUACAAUGACCAUCCUGAGCUUCCUGAUUGGCACGGAACAACAUACUCAGAAAUUUAAAAAAGAAAAUGGAAUGUUUGGUCAGCACAGCCUCCUAGCAGCUGAGAGUGUACCGGUAAUGUCAGCUGGGAGAGUACAGGGACUAUCCUAGCAUAUUACAUCAACGUUUCUACAGGGACGAUCCUAGCACAUCACAUCAACGUUUGUACAGGAUCUAGUCGAGACGACCAAUCGAGUUUUGCAGGAAUUAGCCAUCUUACAUAAUUAAGAAGUGUCCAAGAAGUUGGCUAGGCUUUUAUGUGAAAGGAACCAGCUUAUCUUAGAACAUCAAGAAGAACAUUAACAUUGCUAGAACACAAACUAGUUUACACACACGUACUAUCGUUGUGCAUUGUUGUGUACACAAACCUCACCUAGAACACCAGCAGAAAGGAAGUUGGGUGUAGAAUGUAGAUUUAUUGGUCCUGGUAUAUCAAUUUUAAAUCCGAGUGAACUGAUUAUUCAAGAAUCUAGGUUACUGAUUGACGUGUAGUGUUGUAAAUCUGAUUAUCUGACUUCUCAGAUACUCUAGAUCUGAUUGUUUGACCCCUUCGGUAACCUUGGAGCUGAUUAUUUCACUCCUCAGAUACUCUAGAUCUGAUUGUCUGACCUCUCAGUUAGUCUAGAUAUGACUGUUUGACCCAUCAGGUACUUUAGAUCUGAUUGUUUGACUCAGCAUAUACUCUAGACCUGAUUGUUUUAUCCCUCAUAUACAGUACAUCGGAUUGUUAUGACCCCCGCAGACACUAUAGAUCUGAUCGUUGGACCCCCCUCAGAUACUCUAGAUCUGAUUGUUAAACCCUUCAGACACCAGACCUGAUUGCUUGACCCCUCAGGCGCUCUAGAUCUGGUAGACUGGUCAACAUGCAGCGUUGGGAACCCGAGUGUGUCCGCUGGACGUCGACGCCCUUACCGCUGGUGACGGUUCGAAGCUCCCCCAGCAGGAAGGUCCUCUGUCACAGAACCCUCCGCAGGAUGGCAACCCACAGACGAGUCUGUCGACUGUGUCUGUUUUCUCUCGCCGGAGUUCUUUUUUUCUGUGUUUACAGCAGCUACGAGAGCACAUCUAUGGCACCAGGGAGGCCUCAAACCAUCAGUAUAACGCCGGUUUAUAAUGUUAAUGAACAUUAUCAUCAAAACACAAGUUCCCAAAAUCUUGUGCCCGAGAAUAUUGUAAGGAACAUGCGAGAACAGGAAGAAAGUAUUCUUGAUAAAAUGGAGUACCAGUUGAUAAAAGGAAUAAUGAGGAGAGUACUGGCAUCGCACACAAGGCGAUUACAGUCUCUGGUUAAGUUAAAAAUACAGCCUGAAGUACAGCCUGGUGUACAGUCUGAAGUACAGCCUGGUGCACAGUCUGAAGUACAGCCUGGUGCACAGUCUGAAGUACAGCCUGGUGCACAGUCUGAAGUACAGCCUGGUGUACAGUCUGAAGUACAGCCUGGUGCACAGUCUGAAGUGCAGCCUGGUGCACAGUCUAAAGUACAGCCUGGUGUACAGUCUGAAGUACAGCCUGGAGUACAGCCUGAAGCACAGUCUCUUGAAGGCAUAACAGGACUUGAGGACACUGCCAGAGUGAAAGUUACAACCACAAGAAAAGGAGAAAAAGUGCAGAGAAAAGCAUCAGAAACAGUCAAAACCAAUAAGAGAGAGAAGGUUGAUCCAUACCUUCAUGGGUCACAUGAAGUGGUAAGCGACCCCUCACAGUACCAACAAGACACCCAUCUUCUCACUCCCCAACUGGAAUCUUCACCCAAAAAAGUUCUCCUUUACACGACAUUCUUCGGCCGGAAAAGCUGGAAAGAUCUCUUGGGGAACCGGACUGACCUAAGCCUGUGUCCCACAGCCAACUGCGUCUUCACCCACAACGUCUCUGAGGCCUCCGUGGCAGACGCCAUCAUCUUCCACGCCUUUGAUUUUCACCCAAGAAAUGUGCCGGAAGUUCGACAUGCGCAUCAGCGUUACAUCUGGCUGACGCACGAGUCUCCUGGCCUCCUCCGCGACGCAGUCAACGCCAGUUCUGAAGACGGUGGUUUCUUCAACUGGACCAGCACCUACCACAGGGACUCAGACGUCUUCCUGCCCUACGGUGGACUCGUGUCCUUGUUAGAGACACGUACGCCAGCCCGCUCCGGCCUCCUGGACACAGGUGUGACGUACCAGCUGUACAUGGACAGUUUAGGAGGCGAGGAGCAGCUCGCAGGCACCUUGGAGUUUGAUCCUGUGGGUAACUGGUCCGCCUUCCUGUCUCGUCCCAAGACAGUGGCUUGGAUGGUCUCCCAUUGUCAUACCCUGUCUGGCAGGGAGCUGUAUGUGAAGGAGCUGCAGCAGUACCUGCAGGUGGAUGUCUACGGCGCGUGCGGGCCCCUGGCGUGUGGCAAGUCUCACCUUGACACACACUGCUACGAGCACGUCCUCAGACCCAACUACAAGUUCUACCUCUCCUUUGAGAACAACUUGUGCGUCGACUACAUCACAGAGAAGGUGUGGUACCCACUGCACCACGGGCUGGUACCCGUAGUGUACGGGGGCGCCCAGUACCACCAGUUCCUGCCUCCUGGCUCCUACAUCGACGCCACCAACCUCGCCCCCCGCCAACUGGCCUCACUCCUCUCCAGCGUGGCGGCCUCUGAGCAGCUGUAUGCACGAUACCACCUGUGGAGGCGGUACUGGAGGGUCACCUACUACCCUCCGCUCUGCGAACUCUGCCACAAACUCCAUAACGACCCGACCACCUCCAGCCUCGUCCCCCACCCCGCCAACUGGUGGACCGCCGUCAACAACUGUACUACCCGCUACCCGCUCGACCAGUACCCGAGAAAGGACCUGCGUGUACUGCUCUACGAUCUGAAGGAGAAGAUCGAUGUCCUCGGCGAUGUGUUCCACCCGUGGCGAAAAACAUAGACUAAUUAUAAUGUAGUAUCACACCUUUAGAUCUAACCAAAGAUAGAUAUAACAUAGAUAUAAUAUAUAUAUAUUUUUUGGGAGGAACCUUGGGUUUAAGGAAGCCAUUUCUCUGCACUAUUUAACAUCGCAUUUAGAAAGUUUGAGUCGUUUCAAUAUUUUAGGUGUGUUCAGAUAAGUUAACUUGAUACGUCAUGUAUGUUAAGGAAUAGUCGAAGAAACUCUUGUUAGUGUUUUAAUUGUUACCAUCCCAGAUUAUUGUGUGUGUGUGUGUGUGUGUGUGUGUGUGUGUGUGUGUGUGUGUGUGUGUGUGUGUGUGUGUGUGUGUGUGUGUGUGUGUGUGUG